GAGCCUCCCACACACAAACACACACAGUGCUGAGCGCUAACACGCGGCUUUAAACAGCUUCACACGAGACAAAGGGAGAGUUUGUGUCGACAUGGAGGAAAACAUGGACGAGUCUCAGAGCCAGAAAGGUUGUAAGGAGUGCUGUGAGCGAUGUGUGGGCAGUUUACCGUGGGCGUCGCUCAUCGCCACCGUCCUCCUCUAUAUGGGUGUGGCCUUGUUCUGCGGGUGUGGCCAUGAGGCUUUAAGUGGCACCGUCAGCAUCCUCUACAACUAUUUUGAAGUCAUCAAAGCUCCUGAAGGAUCACUGGACGUGUUCACCAUCAUUGACAUCCUGCAGUACAUCAUCUAUGGUCUGGCUGUUGGCUUCUUCGUGUUUGGAGUGUUGCUGUUGGUUGAAGGUUUCUUCACCACUGGAGCGAUCAGAGAUCUGUACGGAGAGUUUAAGAUCACCGCCUGUGGACGCUGCCUCACUGCAUUUCUCAUGUUCCUGGCCUACCUGUUCUUCCUGGUGUGGUUGGGAGUGAUGGCGUUCACCAGUCUGCCCGUCUUCAUGUAUUUCAACGUCUGGUCCAUGUGUCAGAACAGCAGCCUGGUGGAAGGAGGGAAGUUCUGCCUGGAUCUGCGUCAGUUUGGAGCAGUUACCAUCUCUGAGGAGAAGAAAAUGUGUGCAGGGUCUGAGAAGUUCUUGAAGAUGUGUGACUCCAAUGAGCUGGCCAUGACCUUCCAUCUGUUUGUUUGUGCUCUGGCAGGAGCAGGAGCUGCUGUCAUCGCCAUGGUCCACUUCCUGAUGGCUCUGGCUGCAAACUGGGGCUACCUGAAGGACGCCAGCCGGAUGCAGAAGUACGAGGACAUCAAGUCCAAGGAGGAGCAGGAGCUGCAUGACAUACACUCGACACGCUCCAAAGAACGACUCAACGCAUACACAUAAACACACACACACAUCCUCCUCGUGUCUGCUGUAGAUCAGUUUCAACACUUUAACAUAAAAAAGGGAAAAUUCAGAAUUCAUCGGGACCAGAAUUUAUGACAUCCCUUGAAUGCAACAGUCAGAGCAGCUGCAGAAUCACAGUCUUUGUCAAAUCUACGUCCGAUUUAUGUCAAAUCUAUUUUUUUGCAUCUUGUAAAGCUAAAUUUUUGCGUACUGGACCUUUUAAAAAAAAACUAAAAAAACAACAACAAUCAAAUAAAACUAAAUGACAAGAAACAUCAUUUUUUUAAAAAAAAACAAGAUAAGAAACAAAAGAUAAAUGACGAGAAACAUUAUUGAGAUAUUUCGCAUAAAAUGUCAGGACGAUCUACAGCAGACACACACACACACAUACACACUUAGAUGUGGCUGAAUGGUCAUGUACUGUAGGUGGCGCUGUCGUGCGGUGCUGUGUCAUGAUGCCGUGUCGUGUCGUUUUUCGCCACUUUAUGACAAGUCAUGGUUUCAGCAGAGGAAACGUGGGUAGCUUUGCUAAUUUGUUUGCCCCACCCUAUUUUCCCUCUGGCCCCUCCCCCUCGUCUUAUCCAGUUUCACCUGUGGUUCUUCACAAAUUUUUUUUUAAAUAUGAAAAUGUGAACAUUUACGAAUGACGUCAUAACAGAUUUGUCGCCAUUUUAAAAGUGAAAAAACAGGGUUUGUUUGUGUCGCCCAUCAUCGUCCCCUCUUUGUAUAAACGUGAACCAGCACAUCGCAACAGCACAACGUCUUUUUAACGCGCCGUCUUUUCUCAUACGACUUUUUUUUUUUUUCACAAUUUUUCUUGAUUUUUCACACAAAUUUUAUAUCAGUGUUGUCAACGUGUGAUUUUAACGUCGGGGGAAUAUUUUAAACUGAGACCAGGUGUUGUUGGGGAGGGGUUGUGGGUGGGGGGCAGGGUUUCUAUCACUUUUACAUCGUCAUGUAAUGAUUCAGCAUUUCUGCACACACACCCACACACACACGUUUCAGCCCGAUAAUGUGACCAAACGUUACAGGCACUAAAAUGUAUCUUUACUGACAUGACCCACAGUGCGGGGGUACACUGUUAGAAUGCAGAUAUGAAGAGUUCGAUUUCUUUGGGGUUCGUGUUUUUGUAGACAGCCAGUGAUGCUACAGCUAAUAAGCUAACAGUGUUUCUCACGUUGUUGCGUUACUUCAUGUUUGAAACAGACGUUGAAUUAACAAACUUCUAAUUUCUGACAAAAAAAACAAAGACCUGGAGUGAAGACACGAAAAAACAAAAGCAGUACAAGAAAACGUAAAAGAUAACAUAAUAAAGGCGCUAACAACGUGACGAAAAAGUCAGCUACCGCCCAUAGACGCGCUCAGAGGAACACAUGAUAUAAACAAAAAAAAUUAAGGUUAAGAUUAAGGUGGGAAUUCUGAGAGAAAAAAGUCAGAAUUCUGAGAUUAAAUUCAUAGAUUUGAAUCAAAACUCUGAGAUUAAUUGGGAAAUCUGAGAAAACAACAUUAUAAUUAUAAAUAAAUUAUCGUUAUUAUUAUUAUUUUUGAAUACAGAAAAUUAUCUUUUUAUCUUAAAACGAUUUAGAUUCAUAAAAAAUUGUUUCAAGUGAGAAACUGUUUAUGUAACAAAGUCUCGUGUGUCACCAGCAUUCUGUUCAGAUUCAUUUAAACUGUUUUAAACUUUAACUUGUUUUGUUGACGAUAAGAACACAAUGAUCAUACGUAUGACGUUGUGGUUGUCGACGUGAUUCUCUAUCUGCCAGUAGAGAUGAUGAAGAUGACAGGUUUGAUUUAAUGAGACUACCAGCACACACACGUACACACACACAUAACCACUGAGCCAUAAUUACUUUUCACUGAAAUUAUUUUCAACUUUGAAACUUUUUAAAUGUAAAAUCAUUUAAUGAAGAAAAAAAUGAAAUGUGAAAUUUUGUUCAUUUAUAAUUUUCUUAAACUUGUGUGUGUGUGUGUGCGCACAGUAUAAAGCACUGUACCUGCAUUAACGCUAACUGUAUAAAGAUAUGAUUAAUUUAUGUGAAAACUGGAGGUGAACAGCGUCAGUGAGACUGGACGAGGCCACCAAAGUCAACAUUUCCCAGAAUUCUACUUGCUAUGAAAGCUGCAUUUACACAUACACUCACACAAACUGUGUAUUUACAGAAGAGGAUUAGGAGAUUAAAGUGAGAAUUCCGAGAUAUUUUUUAUUCAGAAUUCCAAGAUCAAAGGCGGAAGUCCGAGAAGAAAAAUCAAAAUUCAGACAUUAAUGUAGGAAAAGUCAGAAUUCUGAGAGAGAAAUCAGUUAUGUGAUUAAAUUCUCAGACUAAAUUCAAAAUUCCGAGAUUAAAGUCAUAAUUCUAAGAAGAAAAAUCUAAAUUCAGAGUUUGAAGUUAAAAUUCCAAGAUUAAUGUGGGAAUUCUGAAAUUAAAGUUAUUCUUAUUAUUGUUGUUGUCAAGGAAGAGGGGGGCGUGGUCCAGACUUUUAUUUUUACAGUAACAGUAAUCUGUCAUUUAAUUGCCUGAAAACAGAUCAGUGGACGUCUUUUUAUCAGUGUUUUUAAUC